AUGGCUUCGUCUUCCGAGGAGGACUUUCCGCGUUGCCCGCUAUGCCAGGAGCUGUGCGGCCCGACUCGCCGCCCGCAGAUCCUGCCCUGCCUGCAUGCCGUCUGCUGCCAGUGCCUGGAGGCGCAGCGCCCAGCCGGGGCCGCGUUCCCCGCGCCCGAGCUGCGUUGCCCCCGCUGCGAGCAGAAGGCGACGCUCCCGGAGCUGCCCUCCUCCAGCUUCCUCAUGGGCAAGCUGCAGGAGGCGGUGGAGGCCGUCGCCGAGGAGCAGAACCACAGCGGCGGGAGCCCCACUCCCCUCCCGCUGCAGCAGCGGGAGCGUUGGUCCAGCAGGGACUCGUCCCCCGCCUCCACCUCUGCGGCCUCCCCGGCCCCGGCCCCGGCCCCGGCCCCGACUCCCUACGGCGGGGGCGUCCUGGCCCCGCUGCUGCUCGGGUGGCCGCAAACCCGGCAGGACGAGCCCUCCUGCAGCUCCUGGAACGAGGGCAACGCUGCCACCUUCAGCUGCCUGGACUGGCCGGAGCUCCUGGGCGCCAGCUACAUGCAGGCGCCGCGGGGCGUCAGCCGCACCAUGGACCACGUCAUCGAGCGCUUCGGCCGGGCUCCCGACCCCGAGCCAGCCGCCCGGACACCCGCCGCCGCCGCCGCCGCCGCCGCCGCCGCAGCGCCCGACGGAAUCUUCGCCUUCUCGGACGGGGCCAGCUACUGCCAGCAUCACACUGACGAGGUGCCGCAUCUCUACUGUGACACUUGUUCUGUCCCCAUCUGCUGGGAAUGCAUCACGGGACCACAUGUGGGUCAUAACUUUCUCUACCUUCAAAGUGUCCUCCAGGAUUCUGGAACCCUCACCAUUCAACUGCUAGGAGAUGCUUAUCAAGGGCGCCAGGAUAUUAAGCUGAGUAUUGAACAGGUCCAAGCUGUGGCAGAGCAGGUUGAAAUGAAAGCAAAGACGCGACAGUCUGAAAUCAGAGCUAUGACAUGUCGACAUAAGAAGGCCCUGGAAAACCGGGAGCGUGAGCUGCUGUGGAAGGUGGAAAAGAUUAACCAAGUCAAAGCCAAGUCCCUUUACCUGCAAGUUGAAAAGUUGCGUCAGAAUCUAAAUAAACUGGACAACACUAUUAGUGUGGUUCAGCAGGUCCUAGAGAAGGGUCGUAGCACGGAUAUUUUCUUCGCUCGGGAUUGCAUGCUGGCUCAAGUGCAGGAGCUGAAGAAUAUGAGAGGCCUUCUACAGCCGCAGGAGGAUGACAGAAUCAUGUUCACUCCUCCUAACCAGGCUCUGUAUACAGCCAUUAAAUCAAUGGGGUGUGUCAGCAGUGGGGCCUUUGCUCCUCUGACCAGAGCCACUGGGAAAGGUCUCAAACGUGCACUACAGGACAAAGUGGCCUCCUUCGUAGUGAAAUGCUAUGACCAUGAUGGUGACCCAUGCCUUUCAGGGGGCGAUAUGAUCUCCGCAGUGAUGAUGGGUCCUGAUGGAAACCAGUUCAGCACAGGUGUCCAUGAUCAGCAGAAUGGAACCUACCUGGUCAAUUACAGACCACAGCAGGAGGGAGAACAUCUAAUCUCUGUCAUGGUGUACAACCGUCACAUAGAGAACAGUCCGUUCAAGGUCAUGGUAAAAUCUGGGCUCGGUUACGUUGUCAUUGACCUACCAGAGCUUUCAUUUGUCAGCGAGAAAAACAACAAUGGCAAGUGGUGUCACCCCUGGGGAGUUUGUGUAGACAGAGAGGGGUACAUUAUGGUGGCUGAUCGCAGUAAUAACUGCAUUCACAUGUUUAAGCCCUGUGGCAACUUUCAUCACAGAUUUGGCAUGUGGGGUUCUGCGCCUGGUCAGUUCGAUCAGCCUGCUGGUGUUGCCUGUGAUAUCUCGCAUAGGAUUGUCGUGGCUGACAAGGAUAAUCAUCGCAUCCAGAUCUUUACAUUUGAUGGGCAGUUCAUUCUGAAAUUUGGGGAAAAGGGAAACAAGAAUGGACAAUUCAAUUACCCAUGGGAUGUGGCAGUCAACACUGAUGGCAAAAUCCUGGUCUCCGACACAAAGAACCAUCGGGUUCAACUGUUUGGACCUGAUGGUGAGUUUCUGAAUAAAUAUGGCUUCGAGGGGGCACUCUUAAACCAUCUUGAUCAUCCCAGAGGUGUUACCUUCAAUCAAGAAGGCUACCUGGUGGUAACGGAUUUAAAUAAUCAUCGCCUUGUCUUUAUUGAUCCAGAUUUACAGUUGACACACUUCCUUGGGUCAAAAGGCACCAGCAACGGCCAGUUCCUGCGCCCGCAAGGCGUGGCGGUGGAUCAAGAGGGGUGCAUCAUUGUGGCUGAUUCUAGGAACCACCGAGUGCAGAUAUUUAAGUCAAAUGGUAGAUUUUUGUGCAAAUUUGGCAGUCAGGGAAGUGGCGUUAGUCAAAUGGACCGACCUUCAGGUAUAGCUGUCACCCCUGAUGGCAGGAUUGUUGUGGUUGACUUAGGAAACAAUCGAAUUCUCAUCUUCUAA